ACAGAAAAACUGAGGCCCGAGCAAAUAGAGCAUUACGGAGACUUCCUUUGGGAAUUCACGGCCGGCGAACGCUGGAACCGAGGAACGCCGACUCGCAGUCGCGGCCUCAAGCUCACUUCCUGUCCGAGUCUCCUUCACCCUUCAGGCUUCACUGCGGACUGCGUCUGCCUCACCGCUUCAGCAGGUCAGGGGUUCAGCCUUCACUCUUCAGUUUCAGUGAGAUGGAGCAAACCCUUUUAAGUAAAUUGAUGUUAGAUCUUCGUGCUACUUGCAAAUACUACACCGGCUACCCGAAAGAUCUUGGGCCAUCAAAAGUUAUUCACUUUACAUCGGAGCGUGAAUUCGUCCAGCUUCUUCAUCAAGGAAAUCCUGUGGUUGUUGCAUUCACUAUCAAGGGUAACUAUACAAGACAUCUUGAUAAAGUAUUGGAGGAAGCUGCUGCUGAAUUUUAUCCUAAUGUAAAAUUUUUACGUGUUGAGUGCCCAAAGUACCCUGGAUUUUGCAUAACGCGACAAAAGAAGGAAUACCCUUUCAUUGAGAUGUUUCACAGUCCAGAACAAGCAUCUAAUCAAGGUAAGGUUGCUGAUCCAAAUGUAACAAAAUACUCCGUGAAAGUCUUACCUUUCAAUCAUGAUCUUAGUGCAUAUGGAUUCAGAGAGUAUUUCAAGAGGCAUGGAAUUCAAUCACCCGGUGGUCGUCAGUAAAAGUUGUCAAACAAUAUGAAACUUAAGAUGGCGUGAUUUCCUGAUAGCUUUGAACUUCCUAUGAUGAAGUAUAGCGGCGUUGCAUCCGUCUAUUACUACUAUCAUUAUUGACCUCAAUUUAUUAUUAUAUGGUUACUAAUAAUAUUACUACAUCAUCAUCCAGUACUGGUAGUUAGUUAUUCCCCAGGUCUUAUCUUUGUUUUAUUAUAUAUCAAGAUUUUGACAUAUUUAAAUCAAACUUUUGUGCUUUAGUAGAAAA